UUUCCACGAUGCAAAUUAACCUUUCAUGGUCCUUGACCGGCAACGGAAGCAGGUUGCGUUAACAAAAACAUCCACUGGACAGAUUUACUUUCCAGCAAUCUUCAAGCAAUGAGGGGCGAGAAGUUUUACGUCUGCUGUGCACUACUAUUGUCGAGUUACAUCGCUUUUUCAAGCAGUGCGACCACAACCUCACGACCGGCAACGACGCCCAGUUCAAGUACAGGCAAACCCAGUGGAUCUCCCACGCCAACCAAACCCGCUCCACAGGAUCCUAACACGCUGCAGUGCACCGUAUACAACCUGACACUGAAGCUAACAAACGCUACUUAUGAUGAAAGUUUAGCUUCUCCACAUUCGCCUCAGUUCAUCAAACUUAGAACGGAUUUCGAAGUUGGAAUUUUACAAGUCUAUGAUGGAUACAAGCCAUUCCUUGGCGUAACAACUUUGUUAUUAAGUAAAGCCCCAGAUGGCAAGACCAUCGCACACUUUGUGGUAGAGUUCAAAGAUAACGGAACUCAUCUUCCAAACUUGACCAAGGCCAUAACCGCUGGAAAGCUUGGAAAGCUGACUCCAGUUGCUGUCGCCCCAAAACUGGGUCAAGCAGCAUGCUACAAAGAAAUGCCCCCCGCGAUCUGCCAAAUUCCAUGUCCAUCAGCCUGUGCUCCUUCCUGCUACUCCAGCUGCUGCCAACAGUACCAACAGCCCUAUUACUAUCCCCAGGCUCCUCCUCCUCCCCCACCUCCCCCCAUGCCGAUCACGUGCCCAAAUAACUGCCCCAGUACAUGCGCACCGAUCGGGUGCACUCCUGCCUGUUGUAACACUGUGUAUAACCAGCCUUCUUAUUCGUACGGUAAGCGUCACCACGCCCCAAAACCAGUCAAAGGAUCCAAGAAACACCAAAUCUUCCGUAAACACCAUAAGCAUCACUAGAGAAGGGGUGAAUGCAAAAGUGACAGAAGGAGAGAGGAACGUUGGAAUUUUUUUUGCUUACUUUUACGUACUCGUCUCGGUUCGACACCGAUUCUUUGUUGCGCAAGGUAUCUUUAGUGCUCUCAUAAAAAAAAAGUUCAUUUAAAGUUUAUUUACCAUCAAAAGCAAUCAACGAGAGCCAACGAACUGAAACGUGUCAAACCUUCGUCCUAAACACCCGUAAGACACUAUGUACAAAAAGAUAUGCAAAUAAAUAUAAAGAUUGAAUUCUUGAAUAGUUGUCAGACGGAAAUAAUUUAAAUUUGAUUUCAGCGAAAUAGGGCAUUUUAUUUACUUAAGGACAGGACAUUUACAGAAACAAAAUUCAAUGAAUUACUAUCACAAAAAAAGACUUUGUUAUUCCAAGGCCCAAAGGGACUGUUUAACUUAAGUUUAUCUUCUUGGGGUAUGAUAUUUUAAAUUCUGUUAUUUGUUUGUUGGUGAAAUGGAAAGUAGUUUAGUUUUAGCUUAUUGUAAGCAUUGUAAAUAAGGCACAGUGACGUCACGACUGAAAAUAAACAAUUCCAAAAUUUCA